UGUACAGGCGGCCUGCACGCAGACAAAUGAUAACGCUGCAUGGAGCUAAAAGUAAUCAAUUUGCAAGUGAUGCUCCUGUGGAUGCCUGCGGCUGAUACAGCACUGCCUCCCUCCACCCGCACCCGCCCCUCCUCCCCAUUCAUCCAUUCAUCUGGUUUACUCUGCAGCACCACGCUGCCUGGACCUGCUCAGUCUGGGAUAGCUGCACACACCAUGAGAGGUCCAUUUUGUGGGGGGAAAGCUGCACUUUUUCUUGGCAUGAGGGAACGCUUGGCGGAGACCUCAGAGGCAGCAGCAGCAGCAUCCCCAGCAGCAUCCAUCGGUCGGACGGCGGUGACUCAUUGCGCACGGUCGGUCAGUCAGUCAGUCAGUCAGGGCGCUUGAAUUUUUGCGCUCUGCCGUGGAGGAUCGAUACCUCUAAGACCCAAAUUGUGGUGGAAGGCGUGGCUUGGUGUCACCGACACAGGGUUGCUUUUUUUUUUGUUUUCCUUCCCCAUAUGCAUUUCUAGGGUUUAGCCUCAUCUCACUGACACCGACGCGCACACGGCACCCUAAAGACACGGGACGCAACGCGACUCUGCAGGAAAUCGCGUGGCGUGACUGGCAAAUCUGCGCCUGUUUUCCUCCUUGGAUUACGACAAUAUUUAAAGACUGAAACAGUGAAUCCGGCAUGGGAACUAACCCAAAAAGGACAGUGACUGUCCAGAUGGUGCCUCAGCUGGCUGUGGUGGACACGCUGGGCAAUAAGGAGCCAAAUGCCAACUGGGCUAAAGAGCCCAACCUCAAACUCUCUCAGGUUUGUCCAAACCCCACACUCCCAUCUCCUGACCACAAACAGGAUAUCUCACCUCUGACUGCUUCUCCCACUAACACCAUCCAGCAUACCCAAAAAACAGCCUCCAAGGGGGGUGAAGCAUUGAGCAGCGAUGUGUCAGACAAGCCAGUUCCGACUAAUGGAAAUAAAUCAGAGCGUGGGAUGGGCGGAGACAAACCGGUGCCAGCGCUGCCCUCCACAGGCCAAGGUGUGGGUGAGGCAGGAUGCGACCAGAGGGAUUCUAACGCUAAUGUGAAAAUGUUAAGCCUGGCAGAUGAAAAGGCAAUCUGUAAGGCUGCUGUGUUGCCUGCUCUUUCAGCAACAAAGGUCGACACGCAGACCAACGACUGCAGAAUAAAAGGGCCAAGUGCUGCAGAGGAGGGGAGUGCACAGCUGACAUCUUCACCCAAAGCCACAGCAGGAGAGGACAGUAAUAAACAUGCUUCUCCAAAUCAUAGAAAUCUUAACACCGCCUGUGAAUUGAGGCAUACGGCAUCCAAGCCACAAAACGAUAAAAAUGGGAGCGCUUCAGCUCCCGAGAACAAGAACACUGCUGCGCCACAGAAAGCUCCUGAGCCCGAUCAUAUACGUCGCUGCUCACAAAGCUCUGUCGGUCUGCAAGAGACGCCCGAACCUAAACAAAGCGUGGAAGCUACCGCAGCUCCGCUUAGCUCCAGUACACCUGCGUCUAACGGUAAAGAUGCGGACGCCAGGUUUACAAACAAGAAUUCAAGUUCAGCACAUCCGGAGAAGGAUUUGCCACCAGUAAAGCAACCACAAGUCUCCUCAGAUAAACAUCAGCCGGUGUCCUCGCAGACAGACUCCUCCGCUCUGCCCACGGCUUCGCCAAAGAUGGCGGCACAAGGGCAGGUGGCUGAGGGAGUCAGGCAGACUGACACAGCUGCCUUUGAAGGGCAGCAGCUCUGCAAGCUGUACCGAGAGGCUGCGACGAUGACCGUAACCCCGUCAUGCACCCCGGUCAAGCAGCGUCAGGACAUGGAGGUUCAGGCGGUGGCUAACACGUGCAGCAAGGCCGUGGCCACGAGUCCGAGCCUGCUGCCCUUCGCCAUGACCCGCAGGCCGAGCGGUGGUGGUGCAGUCCCCAGAGAGGAGGUGCAGAGCCUGGCUGUAGUCUACCAGGUCGACAGGAGCGUUGGGCUGCAUCAGAUGAACAUAAGUACUCUGCCCGCCUCCUCUGAUCCGAGGUCAGAGAGACUCACUGUUGAGGCGGAGAUGUGCCCAAACCAGACUGCCGGUGUUGUUUUCCACUCAGAUGCUCUGCCUCAGCAGCAAGAUAAAGGGUUAGAAGCGAAGCCUAAAGACCCCAGCUUGUCUCUCUGCAACACCCAGCCAGUUUAUCAAAUCAACAUCGAGCACAGCAAGGAGAAAGGAGAGACAGGUAACUCCCAGUCUAAAGAGGAAGUUCAGACAUCCGCAGUGAAAGCAGCCGCUGCUGAAGCUCCCUCUCUCAAAUCAGGAACACCCCCAGAGACAGCCGUUGCUACCAAGCCCGGAUCUGCUGACAGUAACAAGGCUGCGCUGUCUCAGGCUGCUGUUACAACCAAACCCAGCCAGGCCCUGCCAACAACAACAGCAACAAGCACUACAUCAAAGUCAGGUCCAACUAAAAAUAAAGCCGGGAGCCCUAAAGAGAAGGCUAAAGCUGGGGGGAAAACGAAGGGGGCAAAGUCCGGCAAGCAGAAAAUAGAGCCAGAGAGAAAAGAGGAAGAGGAUGACCAGAAGGAGAAAGGAAAGAGCGUCCAUGACGUCGUCUGGGAUGAGCAAGGGAUGACGUGGGAGGUCUACGGCGCCUCUGUGGACCCGGAGUCCCUCGGUUUCGCCAUCCAGAGCCACUUGCAGUGCAAAAUCAAGGAGCAAGAGCGGAAACUAAUUGUCCGGACCUCCCUCCGGAAGUCAGUCUCCGCCGCCGAGUCGCCACAACAUGGCAGGAAGAACAAAAGGAGGCAGCAGAACAUUUUCAGGUCAAUGCUGCAAAAUGUCAGACGGCCCAACUGCUGUGUGCGUCCCCCUCCCUCCUCCGUCCUCGAGUAGCACAGCACGGCGGUAGCCAAUGUCGGACUCCUCCCUUUUUUCCUAGAGGUCAAACUGUCCUCCCGUCGUCACCAGUGCAAUGCCAAGUGAAACAUUUAUUGGGGGGGGGCGUCGAUCCCUGUAAGUAUACCAGAGUGUUGUAGCAUAAAGAGUCAAACUAUUUGUGAUGUAUGUGAUCAAAGAAGGUAGUAAAAUAUAAAAUAUGAAAUGUAAAAUGAACAACUCAAGACUUAUUUUCUAGAAAUAGCUAUUACAAAAAAGAGAGAGAAAAACAUUUUUGAAUAACAAGGCAAUAAAGGCAAUAAUAGUGAAACGCAUGUAUAUUAGUCACAAGAUGUAAUGUAUGACCUAAGAUGAAGUCCGAACCUUCUCAGUAAACGGCACUGAUCGCGAGGUCGACAUGUUACUUACUGUCAGAAUAUUUGUGCAAAUAUAUUACAACCAACAUCUCAUUACAUUUGGUGCAUUUGUUAUACGUUUCUGAGGUGUUUUGGGGCCCUAUAUUUAUAAGACUGCUGUAUUUUCCUUUUCGUGCAAUUUUUUUUUUUUUUUAAAGUGAGUGAUUACGUUGUGCCAAA